AUGUCCGCCCAGUCCAAGGGGACCGCAUCCUCCUCCUCGUCGCCCUCCGAGGGGCCGCCGGCAGGCUCCAAAGCCAAGGUGAAGGAGCAGAUCAAGAUCAUCGUAGAGGAUUUGGAAUUAGUCCUGGGGGACCUCAAAGACGUGGCCAAGGAACUUAAGGAGGUGGUUGACCAGAUUGACACACUGACAUCUGACCUGCAGCUGGAGGAUGAGAUGACUGACAGUUCCAAAACGGACACACUCAACAGCAGCUCCAGCAGCACAACAGCUUCCAGCUUGGAGAAAGUCAAGGUGCGGGGCAGCACACCCCUCAUCAAGCCCCCCUCGCACCCCUCUGCUAUCCUCACCGUGCUGAGGAAGCCAAAUCCACCCCCUCCUCCACCGAGGCUGACGCCCAUCAAGUGUGAUGAGCCUCCAAGGCUGCCUUCUUCAGCCAAACCUGUCAAGACUAAUGGUACCCUCCUGCGAAACGGGUGCUUGCCCGUGGGGUCCAGCCGCAUCCCAAACGGAGAGAUGUGCUGCAUGCCGAGCAGUAACUUAGAGAAAGUUGUGAUGCAGCCUCUGAUGCACAGACCUGAGAAAGAGCAGUGUUCUCAGCCAGGAGCAAGGGAACGGGUACGAUUUAGUGAAAAAGUGCAGUACCAUGGCUAUUGCCCUGACUGUGAUGUUCGGUAUAACAUUAAAAACAGGGAGGUGCACUUGCAUAGUGAGCCUGCCUGUGCUGUGGGAAAGCUGCCACACCAGUGCCCUCCUCUGCCCCCUCCACCACCUCCUGUGCCUCCAUUUCCUCUGGAAAAUGGAGGGUUGGGGGUAAGUCCUAGUAAUAGCUUUCCACCUCCGAGACCUGCAACUGUGCCUCCACAAACUGCGCCAAAACCCCAGAAGACCAUCUUGAGAAAAUCAACCACUACAACAGUGUGAUGAUGUAUGCCACUUGAAACAACUCUGUUUUUUUUCGUAUCUAUAAACAAAAUAGGUAAUGAGCACUUUCUACUUGAGCAAUAAAAAGACCCAAUGUAUUACUCCGUGUGUCCAGUGAAGUGGCAUAAAAAUAACAUGCACCUUCAGGCUUGAAAGAAUAUCUACAUUUGGAGGCAUAUCAAUUAAUUUCUUGCAUAUCAGAUUCAUCAUUGUGACUUCUCACAGACCAGAUCUGAAAAGUAACCAGGAACCUGACCAUCCAUGGAGAAUGGAAGAACCCUUCAAGUCAGAGCACAACUGAUCACAAGUGUAAUCUGCAUUGAAUCAUCUUUCUCCAAUCAGACAGCUAUAAGCUGAGUCCUGGCAAAUGCCACAGCCUUAAAUUCCAUUUAUUGUGAAAGAUGAAUAAGGAAAACUUAAUGUCCUGCCCCAUUGCAGAAUACUGCUUUCUCCAAGCCUGACACUUGAGUUCUGUGCUGAGCAACCAGAGUAACAAACAAUGUUUUUAAUGGAUCCAGCCAGCGUCCAAAAAUAUUUCAAUAUGUAGCCAAAAGGAUAAAUGAAGCAUGUAGGUGACAGCAGAAAAUUAAUGCAUUUACAGGAAUUUUACUGUCUGUGGGGAAAGAAGACCUCUGUCAUACCUUGUACAUAUUCAAAGCCAUACAGGAACAGGGAAUCAGUGAUGUUAAAUUGCUUAAAAGAUUGCUGUCUCCUGUCCUCCAUCCAACUUUUACAAAGUUCAGCUGUUUGAGAUUGCAUCUUAAUGCACUUCUAGUAUUUGCACUGUCACUGUCAUUCAGGGUAAUGAUGUGCACCACCAUUUGCACAGAUGGCCCCAGGAGAUUUUUGACCACAACAAGCUAUAUUUUGCUGGGCCUCCAAAAGGAAUUAAAAAGUUAGAACUGAAGCAAAGCAUUUAUGCUCUCUUUUACUUUGGGGAUCUUGUUAUGGAAAGGACUAACAUCCUUUCUUAGGUUUAAAUAAAUGCAAACAUAUACAUACAUACAUAUAUAUAUGUAUAUAUAUGAAGAAGCAUCAACGUGAUGAGGUGAUUUAAAAAGGGGAUAUAAUCUUUUCUAAUAGCAUCCAUUUUUAUCAUAUUAACAGCCAAUAAAUUUAGUCUAUUAAAUUAUACAUCCAAAAUAUUCCUAUUGAGCCUUGACAUUAUAGUUCCAGUUACUGUUAAAGGAGUAAUUUGUAAUACGUAUUGGACAUGAAAUUUUUCUAGUCAUUUGUCUAUAUUUCAUGGAUAAAUCUGAAAGACAAGCAGCAUUUUCAGUUUAUUUUUCUAAAUAAAUGCGUUGUUUAUUUGACGCAUUUUGGCUGGUUUUCGUUAUCUCCAAAAAUGAUUUGAAGACAGAACCAAAACACAGGAAUUGUUUGUUCAUAUUAAGCUGUAAUGAUAUGCUGACUGAAAGCUUUAAUAUAAAUACUGUAAUUUGUAAAAUGAUUAAGUGUAUUUAUACAGGCAAAUAUGUAUGGAUAUCAAGAGGAGGUAUUUUAACUCUUAAUUUCAAAACAUAGUUUAUUUUAAUAUCCACACAAAGAAAUCUAAAUAUAUAAUGGGAUAGAUUUUUUUAUUAUCAGUGAGUUUUAGCAAGUGAAGAUUUGGAUGUUUAAGAGUAAAAGGAAUGUAGCCUAAUAAUGGUGGUUUCUGAAAUUAUACAGAGACCUUUUGUGAGCUGUCUUAUUCAAAAACUGAUUUUGUUUUUUGGGAUUUGUUUUUUCUUUGUUAUGCAUGUGUGUUAGGGUUUUUUGUUUGGGUUUUUUUUAUUUGUUUUGGCAUACUGACAAGGCCAUGAAUUUGACACUAUUCAAUCACAAAGAAUUUGAGAAGCUACAGUAUAAGAAGUUGUUCCCUAGAACAAUCUACAGUUAGCAGGAAAGAACAGUCAUUGUUACCCAUCUACUGCAGUGUCUGAUUAUCGAGUUAUUGAACAUGUUAAUGCUAGAGUUGCUUUGAAUAAAAAAGUAUAUUUUUUCCUUUUUUAUUAGUCGGUUAGCCUGUGUGUAACUUUAAGAAAAAAGUAAAGCAUGUGAUUCCCAGCUCACAAGGACUUUCAUCUUAAGUCCAGUCACAUGUAUCUGAUUUAUAAAGCUGAAUAGGUUUUUCUUUAUUUGCAUUAGUUUAUGGAAACUAUUAAGUGCUUACUAACAAAAAAAAAUAUCUUUCACCAAACAAAAAAAAAGAAAAAUUCAAACAUUUUAUAAUCUGUGAAUUAACUUUGUAAAGGGCAGAUAUCUUAAGAAUGUGUUGCUCUGCUCUAGCGUAUGCGUGUAUGUUUGUGUGUGUGUGCACGCAUGCGCGCCGUUACCUGCUGAUAAAUGAAAUGCCAGCUCUGCUGAAGUAAGUGCCGCAAGUCUUGUUAGUGCAAAAGAUGCUCAUGUUAUUCUAUCUUUCAGAGAAAGACCUGAGCUCUGUCUUUGCUUGUGACUCUGAAGCCAUAAAUAGCUUUUACAGUUUGUCAGGAAAUCACAAAAUUGAAUAAUUAAGUGAAUGUUAGCCUCCCUCAUUUGGCAAAACUUGGGAUAGUCUCAUGAUUUGAGUCUUUUUUUUUUUAAAGAAAGUUAGCGGUCAAUUUCCAUUGAUGCAAUGGAUAAAUGAAAUCUUUGUAUUUGUUAAAAGAAUAAUGGCCGUGUGUUGUUCCCACACAUUUUAGCUUCUGGUUGGCUUACAGUCUUUUAAGUGUGAUUUCAUUCCAGUGUCAUUAGAAUAACACAAAACUUGCAGGGACUUGGUUAUGCUCCCUCUUUGGAUAACCUGUGUUUUGAAAUUGGAGAGCUUACUCUUUGAGACUAAUAUUUAAGAGUUAUUUAGAGAAGGGACAACAUUAUCAAAACAACAAAAAAAAAUUCAGAAUGGUAAUUUGAGUACUUCCAUUAUUCUAUAAUAAUAGCACUUGGAAAAGCUCUUAUUUUUGUGAACAGAAUGCAUUCCUCUAUAUUUGAAAAUAGCCCAAUAAAAACAUAGUGAAAUAAUUAAUUACCACUUGCAAAUGCUUUUCUGCUUUGCUGAGUUAUAGGUCAGCUUGUGUAUGAAAUUUUUAUUGUACAAAAAAAUCCUGAAACAAUGCAGAAUUUUCUUCAGAAAAAUUUAAAUAUUAAACAGAUGGAACUUGUCUCAGG